UCAUGGGAAUCAAUCAAAUGGUUAGCCCAAAAGAACAAGCGAUUAUGUUGCUAUUAAUGGUGAUAUCAUUGGCAAUAUCAGCAGUAUCUGCUGCAACUGAGUGCUCAACUGUGACAGGACUAGCCUCAUCUUGCUCUACUUUCAUCACUUAUGGUUCUCCAGACCCAUUUCCUGGAUCGCCAUGUUGCGAUGCCAUGAUGAGCCUGAACGUGAUUGCUGACUCUACUGAUAAUCGAAGAUUGAUUUGUCGGUGCAUGAUGGGCCUCAUUACCACCUACAAUCCCAAUGCCACAGCUAUUGCCACCUUGUCUGGCUCUUGCGGAGUCUCUCUGGGCUUCACAAUCGAUCCAAAUACCGAUUGCAGCUCGUGAUUUUUCUCUUUUGAUCUGUUCUCUUCUUUCACUCUCACACGUGCACUCCCGGUCUGUCGUCCUGCGUCUUUAACCUUUUGGCCCAUAAUUCCUGCACCAAUUAAGUAGGCAGACAACAGUAAUUUGACAAUAUAAUGAAAAGGAAGUGGACAUUCCAUGCAUUCUUAUUAUUGCAGGGUUUCUAACGCUAGCUUCUUAACAUGAAUUAUGCAGCAUACCUUGAUUUGUGGUUAUAAAAAACGAAGUGGUGGGGAUCGAAGAAUAUACUGAAGAUACCAAAUAAGGAAUGCCGUCUUCAGCUGCAUAGAAAGAAUAGAGAGGAAGGAUUAUUCAUUUUACAUAUA